AUGGGGAGUAUGAACCGGGGUUAUCGAAGGCAACUAGCCUAUCCUGGUCGAGCUACAGGUAUUUACACGCAGUUAUCAGCAGGUCUGUGUCAGGUGGGGUUGAAGGGGGAAGCUGCAAAAUACUAUGCUCCAGAAGAGCAAGAAAAUGUAGAUUGGGUGGAUUUGCAACUUGGUGCUCCAUCUGCCUUUAUAUGGUACAAGACAUAUUUUGAUGCACCUAAAGGAAGUGAUCCUGUUGCUAUUGAUCUGGGGAGUAUGGGAAAGGGUUUUGCCUGGAUAAAUGGUCAUGGACUAGGAAGAUAUUGGUCACUAGUUGCCCCAAAAAGUGGAUGCCCCAAAACUUGUGAUUAUCGUGGAACAUAUAAAGAGAGCAAAUGCGUGACAAAUUGUGGGGAGCUGACUCAAAGCUGGUACCACAUUCCCAGAGAAUGGUUGCAGGAUUCCAAUAAUCUACUUGUUAUCUUCGAGGAGACUGGUGGGAACCCAUUAAAGAUAUCACUGAAGACACACUAUACCAAAACAGUAUGUGCAAAGGUAUCAGAAAAUGAUUACCCACCUCUCAGUUCCUGGUGGCACCCUAACAUUGUUAGUGGAAAGAAAUCAUUUAGUGAUGUGCCUCCAGAAAUACACUUACGAUGUGAUGAUGGCCAUGUGAUUUCUGGCAUAACAUUCGCAAGCUUUGGGAAUUCUGGUGGGAGCUGCCAAAAGUUCUCAGUUGGACAUUGCCAUGCAUCAAGUUCAUUAUCUGUGGUGCAGACGGCUUGUCUAGGAAAAAACAAAUGUAAAGUCAGUGUAUCAAAUGCAACAUUCGGUAAAGACCCAUGCCGAGGCACUCUUAAAAGUUUGGCGGUUGAAGCAGAGUGUACCUCCUCUUCGAAUUUCUCUGACUUACAUGCUAUGAAUCUGCUGGAGUAUCAAAAGACGGUAGAGGAAAGCAGAGAGAGUUUCUCCGCAUCUGCCUAGUGGACCUCCAACUAUUGAGGUCCAUUUAUCUGCUACUUUCUCAUUCUCCGGAUGAUUUGCUUUAAAGUACAUGGAUGCACUUGAAAUUUAGACAUGAAAUGUGAUACAUUUAAAAUAAUCAUGAGUUUACCUUGUAUUUUCCAAA